AUUGUGCAAAGAUACGUAAACAAAUGGUAGCUCAGCUGUGAUCAUGAACGUAGAUAUGUUGGUUGAAGACCAUACAUCGGCAGAAGGGAAGGAUAUCAUCGAGAAUUACAUUAAGGAUUCGCGCUUAAACAAGAAUCAGCUAGAUGCGACGCCAAAGCAGCACACCCACGUCAGCAAGAAAUACACAGAGGCGUUCCGGAGAUCGCUCGAAGAACCGGAGGAGUUCUGGUCGGAGGUGGGCCGCUGCGUAACCUGGUCCAAGCCCUGGGUCAAAGUCCUCGACAACUCUGAAAAGCCCUUCACCAAAUGGUUCGUCGGCGGCGAGCUGAACGCGUGCUACAACGCCGUGGACAGGCACGUGGAGGCGGGCCGCGGCCACCACGUCGCGCUCGUGCACGACAGCCCCGUCACACGCACGCUGCGAAACGUCACCUACGCCGACCUGCUCGACAAGGUUUCAAGGCUGGCUGGUGCUCUAGCAACACUUGGAGUAAAGAAAGGGGAUCGUGUUCUCAUUUAUAUGCCUAUGAUUCCUGAGGCAAUUAUGGCAAUGUUAGCAACUGCUAGGCUGGGAGCUGUCCACUCUGUUGUCUUUGGAGGUUUUGCCGCACGAGAGCUUUGUGUUAGAAUAGAGCAUGCAGAGCCUAAAAUUAUUAUAGCUGCUAGCUGUGGACUAGAACCCAACAAAGUAGUCAGAUACAAAGAAGCCCUGAAUGUGGCAAUAGCAACUUCUAGCUGGAAACCACAUCGUUGCAUCAUUUUCCAACGAUAUAAUGUUGCCAUAGCAGAUCUGGAUACUAAGUAUGAUAUUUCAUGGGAUGAUGCUCUUUUACUGGGUUCGCCUCACCCUUGUGUUCCAGUAGAGGCUAAUGAACCACUUUAUAUACUAUACACAUCAGGGACAACAGAUCAACCUAAAGGAAUUCUCCGUCCUGUUGGAGGCCAUAUUGCCACACUUGCAUGGACAAUGCCAACAAUAUAUGGAAUUGGAAUGGAUGAUGUUUGGUGGACAGCAUCUGACAUGGGAUGGGUGGUGGGUCAUUCAUAUAUUUGUUAUGCACCUCUAGUAUAUGGUGUCACAUCAGUGAUGUAUGAGGGAAAGCCUGAUCGUACACCAGACGCUGGCCAGUAUUUCAGGAUAAUACAACAACAUCGAGUAAAUGCUUUGCUUACUGCACCAACUGCACUACGUGUAAUAAGGAGAGUUGAUCCUGAGAUACAACAUGGAAAGAGAUACUCAACUGAAUCGUUGAGAACGUUGUUUGUCGCUGGAGAGCACUGUGAUCAUGAAACCAAACAGUGGGCCGAGAAAGUCUUCCAUGUACCAAUACUUAACCAUUGGUGGCAGACAGAAACUGGCCAUUCAAUAACUGCAACAUGUGUUGGAUAUGGUCAUAGUACAAAACCACCAAUGUACUCAGCGGGAAUGCCUUUUCCUGGGUUUGAUGUUCACAUUUUACGGCAUGAUGGCACUGAGUCAGACAGGAAUGAACUGGGUCGCAUUGUGUGCAAGCUACCUUUACCGCCUGGUACAAUGUCCACUUUGUACAAAGCUGAUGACAGGUUCAAGCAAAUAUAUUUCACCAAAUUUCCUGGUUAUUAUGACACCAUGGACGCUGGAUACAUGGAUGAAAAUGGCUAUGUGUAUGUAACAGCUCGCGAUGAUGAUGUAAUAAAUGUAGCAGGGCACAGGAUGUCCACUGCCGCUCUUGAAGAUGUGGUUCUCAGCCAUCCUGAUGUGGGAGAUGCUGCAGUUGUGGGCGUUCCAGAACCUACAAAAGGGGAGAUACCACUCUGUUUAUAUAUGAUAAGAUCAAAUGCAAGGAAAACUGAAGCAGAAAUAACAAAUGAACUAGUAAAGAUGGUCAGGGAACUUAUUGGUCCAAUUGCUGCCUUUCGUCUAGCUGCACCUGUAAGGGGACUUCCACGAACACGCUCUGGAAAGACAUCUCGAAAAUCAAUUGCAGAUUUAGCAAGAAAUAAGUUUGUGAAGAUACCAGGUACAAUUGAGGACCCAACUGUGUACAAAGAUAUCAAAAGAGCAUUACAGACCCUAGGUUAUGCCAAAACAGCUCCCGAUCCUCAGUGAAUACAUUUCUCUUGUUGAUGCAGAAGAAGGUAUAACCAAAAAGAAAUUUAGAAAAACACUUAGAAGUCUCUUGGAAACAUACACUAGUUAGAAGUUACAUGGCAAAUGAAUCUCUACAACCUGAAAAUUAUAGAUAUGCUGUAGUGAAUUAUUCAGAUAGUAAUGAAGAUGAAGCAGAAAGUAAAAACAAGUAGAUAUUUAAUUUAGAUCAGUCAUUACUUUCUACCUUAUGUGAACAGUAUAUACCUAAUGUUUGAUGAAAUUACUAAGAGACUUCUUUAAAAGUACAAACCUUGUAGACAUUCUUGUGUUUAAUACAUUCACAUGUAAUGACAAAUGUUCACCAAAAGGGGCUGUGGAACUCUAAAGUGCCACACUAACUAACAAAAUUAGCCACAGAAACAAGGUAUGAUGUACAGGUAACACAUUCUCUCAUUUGAUGGGUUCAUUAUAAAGUUGGAAUUACUGCUUUUACAUUGACAAUUAUAUGCAGUACCAGAAAAAAAUUAUGAUGUGCAGAAAAGUUGGAAAAAAAUUAUACAAUUGUUGGUCCCUCGACAUGAACAUUUAGUCUGCCAAUAUGACACAAUCAUAUACCAGGUCCCAUAAUUAUCCAGUCAUGUAAAUGUGUAAUUGCUUCACUUAUGUGUAAUUGCUUCACUUUCUUCAGAUGCUUUAUGUAAUACAUAGCAUUCUCUCAUUAUAUACUUAAUGAUAAAGCAUGUCUACAGUUUUUCCAGUAUUAUGUCUGAAAGAUUGUGCGUGUUGCAUCAAUCCAAGUCAGUCAUUUUAUUUCUUGAUGUAGAUGUAAGACUGUGCUAUAUCAUUUUGAAGACAUACUCACUUCAAAUUCCACUGAAAUCUUUUUUCUGAAUGAUACCUACUUUAUUUCCAUAGUAUUACAUAAACAAAAUUUAGGCACAUGGAGAUGCAUUGCCUUGUCAUCAUUCUCUUAGUUUCACAUUACUGAUUCAUAUGACAAACAUUCCUUACUGCAAAUGUUGUCUUUCUGAGCUUUAUCCAAGUGAAAAUGUGCCCUGCUCUACUUUUUGUGUCAAUUUCUUAUUACAUUUGAAACAGUUAAUGGAAUUUAUUAUUUGGUUAUUAUAAAAUAACAAAGUAAGUUCUGCAUUUUAUUCCAUUUCUCAUCAUACAGCACUAACUAAAUUUUAGAAGCAUUAUUUGAUUGCUCAUGUGGCACAUUAACAAACUGUACAAACCAUGUCACUCUUUCAUAAAAGGAAAGAAAUUAAGAACACACAUGACAUUUAUGUUUGCCACAUGAAUUUUAUUUAUGGAAACUCAGUAUCUGAACGUUUUUUUCCUCAUAGUUAGAAGAAAAUCUGACAUUAACCAUAUAAUAUCUUGGAAUUAGAAAUCUUGGAUAUUUUUCAUAGAAGUGGAUUGAAUGCUACGAAUAAGUAAGAUAUUGUUGAAGUAAAACCAGUGGUAGUUAUUAUUGUUGUUUGCUCACAAUUACUCACAAAAUAUAUUUCCUAACAACAUGGAAUAUGUGUUGAUAAAUUUCACAAGAGAAACUACAUUGAGUGGGACACUACAAACAGUAUUUAGUUCAAAACUUUUCUCAAGUUGUGUUUUGUGAGGAGAAUGAGUUUCUAGCUUAUAUUUUCAAGGUAUUUAAAAUUAAUGUACACUUAAGUAACAUAAUCAUUACUUUAAGGUAAAUUAAUGUAUAAAAAUCAAUUUUCCACUUAGAUUCUAAACAAGUUUUGUUAUGUUUAACUAUUUGCCAUCCAGCUAAGGAGAUCACAUUAACCUUUUUUGUUUUGUCUAUGUAAAUUGACUAUCUUUGUAUAAUACUUUGAACUAAAGGUGACUAAUAUAAUUCCUCUCACAACAUUGUGUAGGUUAUAUUGGUUAUAUCUGUAGUUUUGAAGAAAAGUUGUCAUUUGGCUUGUAAAGUCCAUAAAAUAGUAAUUAACUAUUCUGAUCAUUCAGUGUUUAUUCUCAUGCUAGCUGACACUUUGAAGAAAUGUAUGACUAUGAAACAUGGAAAUAACAUUAUGAAAGUUUGCAGUUUACUGUCUAAUUUCCAAAUUUGUGUUGCCAGUUUAAUUUAUACAUAUGUAAAUAAACAAUUGUUUAAGUGCAUAAAAUGUAGAAAUACUACAGAAAAAUAAAUGAUAAAAAAUACAGUAGUUCUUUUACACAAUCCUGCUAUGUGAACUAGAUGUGUGCUUGAUGUGUACUGUCCUGUUAUUAAAACACUUUCUUGCCCACUACCUGUAGCAGGUCUCAUGAUCUGAUCGAACUUCCUUGAAUUGAUUCUCAGUGUCAGUUUCAUUUGUUAAAGUUGUUGUUUGCUUGGCUUAUCAGGUUGAGUAGAUCCUAUUCUAGAAAACUAAAUAACAAAAAAUUAAUGUACUCAAUAUCAGAAGAAUUCUGCAGUGAAUACUUGAACAGUCUACUUUGCCACAGAUUUUCCAACAUAACUUGCCUUAGCUAUAGUUAGAUAUGAUUUAGUGAAACAUGAUGCAUACAUGAACAAACAUUCAUGUUUCCAUUUCAUUUAUUAUAGAGGAAUUUCUUAAAAUUGUUACUCUUUCAGUUAAUCAUCUUUUGUCAGAUAUGUACUACAUAGU